GGAGUGUUUUGUCAGAGCACACCUAAUUUCAAGUUCAGACCUUCAAACAACACUUUGCAAUUUCUAUGGAUUGCGCUUGCAGACCCUUUUUCCUCUGGGGAACAUGGAUGUCCACCACCCCUGGAACCACUUCUCCUCCCAACACCAUCAGCCUGCCACUUAUUAACAGCAGAAGCUCUACUCUGCCAUCGCCACCUCGUCUCAGGGCUACCACUUCCCCUUUCAAUUUUUCCGUGGACUUGCCAAGUGGCGGAAACAACAAUCACGGUGGCCGGAACAGCAACAAUAACAAUAAAGGGUGGUGGUGGCGGCGGUGGUGGAAUGAUGGCAGUGACUCUUCCAAUACCUUUUCCCUGUUGUUCUUAUUAAGCUCAUCCAUUGUGCUGCAAUUAGCUUCUUCUGCAGCUGCAAGAACUCAACAAGAAGAGGGAGAGGAGGUUUGGGAAGUUAAAGGGAGCGACCGGGCUAGACUUGUUCCUGAUUUCUCCAAGGAUGAGUUUGUAGUGUCUCCAACAUCAUCAUCGUCACUGCUUUCUAUUAAUGAUUUAUGGUCGCAAUGCACAACCUUGUUCGUGCGCCUAAUGCUUCCCCAAGGAUUUCCUCAAAGUGUUACCUCUGAUUACUUGGAUUACUCUCUUUGGCGAGCCGUCCAAGGCAUCGCCAGCCAAAUUAGCGGCGUUCUUGCCACCCAGGCGUUGCUUUAUGCUGUUGGGUUGGGGAAAGGAGCUAUCCCAACUGCUGCUGCCAUCAAUUGGGUGCUAAAGGAUGGAAUUGGGUAUCUCAGCAAAAUCGUAUUGUCCAAAUAUGGACGACAUUUUGAUGUUCAUCCUAAAGGUUGGAGACUGUUUGCUGACCUUUUGGAAAAUGCUGCCUUUGGUUUGGAGAUGUUAACGCCUGCAUUUCCUCAUCUCUUUGUUUUCAUUGGUGCCACUGCUGGAGCUGGACGCUCUGCUGCUGCUCUUAUCCAGGCUGCUACAAGAAGCUGUUUUUAUGCUGGUUUUGCUGCUCAAAGAAACUUUGCUGAGGUAAUUGCCAAGGGUGAAGCUCAAGGAAUGGUGAGCAAGUUUAUUGGUAUAAUGCUUGGUAUAGCAUUGGCUAAUUGCAUAGGCUCCUCAACACCCCUUGCCCUUGCUUCUUUCAGUGUGGUGACAUGGAUCCACAUGUUCUGCAAUCUGAAAUCGUAUCAAUCCAUUCAAUUAAGGACUUUAAAUCCUUAUCGUGCAAGUUUAGUUUUUAGCGAGUAUCUCCUCAGCGGCCAAGCACCUCCAGUCAAAGAGAUCAAUGAUGAAGAACCACUUUUUCCAGCUGUACCAUUUCUUAAUAUCUACUCUAAGGGCAAUGUACAAUCAAUCGUUUUAUCUUCAGAAGCGAGGAAUGCAGCUGCUGAAAUCGAGCAGAGGCUGCAGCUGGGGUCUAAGCUCAGUGAUGUUGUCAACAACAAGGAUGAUGUGCUUGCAUUGUUCAAUUUGUAUAGAGAUGAAGGCUAUAUUUUGACUGAGCACAAGGGAAGAUUCUGUGUAGUGCUUAAAGAAAGCUCUUCACCACAUGACAUGCUCAAGUCACUGUUCCAAGUUAAUUAUUUAUACUGGUUGGAGAGAAAUGCUGGAAUUGAAGCAAGAAGUAUCUCUGCUGACUGCAGACCUGAGGGGAGGCUACAAAUCUCUCUGGAAUAUGCCCGACGGGAAUUCAACCAUGUGAAAAAUGAUAGUGUAUCAAUGGGUUGGGUCGCUGAUGGACUAAUUGCCAGGCCUUCACCAAUUAGAGUUUGUCCUGGAAACAUAGCCUCUUCAAUUGCAAGCUGAUGCAAGAUCAAGUUGGAUUCCCUUGGACCACAGAGGUGGCUCUCCAUGAGGGAAAGAAAUGCUUUUGAGGGGGGGGGUUCUUGCCAGCUAUAUGGCCAUUGGUGAACCAUGCUUCUGGACAUAAAUCUAUACUCCAAUGGUUCUCAGACAAGUCUGUAGUUUAAUGUUUCUCAAACAAGUUCAGACGCCCAAACAUUGGUCGCUGGACAUCGUUAGAAGGAAAGGCAGACUAGGCACUUCUUCGAGCCAUCACUGCAUGGUCUGAAACUCAAUAGGUAUGAUCAAAAUUGAGGCAAAAGAAUUUGCCCCAAGGUUCACAAAUUUGUUCUUUUAUAGAAAACGUUGACACAUCUCAAGUUAUUGAUAUUAAUCCA